AUGCCAAAGCGUACAGAGAUCCACCACAUCACUGUGCACCUCUAUCACUCGAGCGUGCUCCUCUCGGUGCCCGAGUCGACUUCCGUCGCCGCCAUCCGCGCCCAGCUCGUCCCGGCCAUCGCCCCGCUUGCGCCGCACAUUCCCAUUGCCCCACCAGCGACCGCCGACGACCUGCAGCUGUGGGAGGACCGUGAGGCCGUCGAGGGAGCAGAGGGCGACCAGGGAAUCCGCUUGGUCGACAGCACGGACAAGACGACGGUCCUCAAGAUGGGGUGGCCCAGGUGGAAGAGGUUGUUUGUGAGCAUCCGCGGACCGGACGGUACCUUCUCCCAACCAGAAUACACCAUCCCCGACCCGACAGACGGCGACGAUGACGAGGUCCCCGCUGAGCUCUAG